AUGUUUGGAGAUUUGGAGGGAAGGCAAGAAAUUAAGAUAAUUCUCUCUUCUUUCGUUUCUGAAGAAGACCACAGCAAGCGAAGCAGCUUUGUCUGUGUAUUACUAAGCCACGGUGACGAAGGGCUCAUCUAUGGUACAGAUGGUCCUCUUGAACUGAAAGCACUAACCACCCUUUUCAGAGGUGACAAAUGCAAGAGUUUGGCAGGAAAACCCAAACUUUUCUUCAUUCAGGCUUGCAGAGGGACAGAAUUAGAUUCAGGUAUUGAGACGGACAGUGGACCAGAUGAACCAAUGUGUCAAAAAAUACCUGUGGAAGCAGACUUCCUAUAUGCUUAUUCUACUGCUCCAGGCUAUUACUCCUGGAGAAACUCAGCCGAAGGCUCCUGGUUUAUUCAGUCACUGUGUAGGAUGCUGAGGGAACAUGCAAGGAAACUUGAACUCAUGCAGAUUCUAACGCGAGUAAAUCGCAGAGUGGCAGAAUAUGAAUCCUGCUCAAACCGGCAAGAUUUCAAUGCAAAGAAGCAGAUUCCGUGCAUUGUUUCGAUGCUCACCAAAGAGUUUUAUUUCCCUUGCUAAAAAAAA